UUCGUUGCUUUUACUCAUUACAUAUUCCCGCACCUUAUCUUAUAAUUGUCACUUAUCAUAUUAUACUUGUACUUUGAAAACUCAUAACCUUGUUGAUAAUGCAGUCUGCUACAUCUAUUAUAUAAACACACAGUCUUUUUUAUAUCCUUUGGAGCUUGGCACACCCCAAGAAUAACCCAUCUUCCCACCAAAUCUGUGCCUUCCAUCUGUUUCUUGAUUGGUUUCACUCAUGGAAGGCUCCACAGAUGAAAGACUUGAUUUUGGGAAGAUGGGUUUUGGGUGUAAGCAUUACAGGAGAAGAUGCAAAAUUAGAGCUCCUUGUUGCAAUGAAAUCUUUGAUUGUAGGCAUUGCCACAAUGAAGCCACUGGCAUUUUCAGCAACCCCUUUGAUGUACACGAUCUGGUCCGGUCUGAUGUGAAGCAAGUUAUUUGUUCUGUUUGUGACACAGAGCAGCCGGUUGCCCGCACUUGCACAAAUUGUGGUGUGAACAUGGGAGAAUAUUUCUGUGCUGUGUGCAAAUUUUACGAUGAUGAUACUGACAAAGAGCAGUUUCAUUGUGAUGAUUGUGGAAUAUGUAGAGUUGGUGGCCGUGAAAAUUUCUUUCAUUGCAAGAAGUGUGGAUCUUGCUAUUCAGUAAGCCUGAGGAAUAACCAUUCAUGUGUGGAGAACUCCAUGCGUCAUCACUGUCCAAUAUGCUACGAGUAUCUUUUUGAUUCGCUGAAAGACACUACUGUUAUGAAAUGUGGGCAUACUAUGCACUGUGAAUGUUACCAUGAGAUGAUAAAGCGUGACAAAUACUGCUGUCCUAUCUGUUCAAGGUCUGUAGUUGACAUGUCUCGAACUUGGAAGAGAAUAGAUGAGGAGAUUGAAGCAACUGUCAUGCCCGAAGAUUACAGAUAUAGGAAGGUUUGGAUCUUAUGUAACGACUGCAAUGACACAACAGAAGUUCUCUUCCACAUUAUUGGGCAAAAAUGUAACCAUUGCAAAUCGUAUAAUACACGCACAAUUGCCCCUCCUGUUCUUCCUCAAUAAUGAGGUAUACUCGGUUUCACAUAGACAUAUUUUCUGACGACAUUUUAGUGCAUUGGGAUUGGACUGCGAGGCUCUUCUUGCUGCGCCUUAACAAUUGGAUUUACAUAAUUUAUCAUUUAUUGUUCUACGGAUCCACUGGAAGCAGCACUGAUUAUGCUGGCUUCAGAAAUCAUUCUUCAUCAAUCUCUAAUUGGACAAAGCCUAGUUUUAAAGUAUUCUAGGUCAUUGUACAAUAGAUCCUGUAAUGUGAAUUGGGAAAUCCUUUUCUAUACACAACAAACAACUUCAGUCAUUGUUCAAAUAUAGAUGCUAACUGUGAAGUUAUUCUUGGCAA